GAGGCCACACUGCCUCGCCCGGCCCCGCCCCCCGCCCCGCCCUCUCUAUCGCUGCAGCUGUUGCAGCUUCCUCGCGAAAGCAGAAAGAUGAGCUAAACCUCGGCAUCUGUUACCGUCUCCAGGGCUCAUCACAGGGUGUGGUGUCUAUCUGAAGAACAUUUUACUUUAAAAGGAAAGAUGCUGUCUCCAAAUGAUAAAAAGUUAGAAAAACUGGAUCCGUUUUAUCGACCUUCAGUGUCCAAGCAGAAGACCAGUGCAGAAAUCAUAAGUGAGGCACGAAAUGCAUUAAGAACAGUUAGAACCCAAAGACCGUUUACACCACAGGAAGACCAAAGGAAACUAUUUGGACCUGCAUCUUCAAGAACACCAGAAAAUAGACCUCCUUCCUCCUUCAGCCUCCAUGCAUCCAGUUUUGAGUCAUCCAGUUCCAGGCCUGUCUCUGGCACACGGCUCAGUCCACUACAGCUGAAACCAAAAGCUCCAGCAUCUCCCACCACAGAAGAGGAUCCCUGCUUUUCCUUUCCCAAACCACCAUUGGACCCUGCGAAGAUUAGAAGAAUAAGCAGUGCCCGGGCUCGGUUAUUCAGGGCGGCCUCCCAGGGGGCCCUUCUGCCGGACAGAGCCCUUCCUCCCACUGACUCAAAGAAGACAGCGGAAUCCAAAGACACAGUUAUGAUGGGGGACUCUAUGGUGGAAAUAAACGGGGUUUAUUUAACAGAAUCCAAUGCCAUUGGCCACUUAAAGAGUCACCCACUUCAGCUAACUUGUGAUGGAGGCUUCAGUGAAAUCAAGGAGCAAAAAACGUUCAAAGGAACAACCUCCGUACCAUCUCUUCUCAGAAAUGGAGGGGACCAGGGGAAGAGGCGUGCCAGGACCCUUUCGUGCCCCAGCAGCUCAGACUUGAGCAGGCUGCAAGGCAAAGCAGUCUCAAAAGCCAACUUGCAAGAAAAGGAUACAGAAAUAGAAGUAGACGAAGUCUUUUGGAAUACAAGGAUUGUUCCGAUUUUGCAUGAAUUAGAAAAAGAAGAAAACAUUGAAACGGUUUGUGCUGCUUGCACACAACUUCAUCACGCUUUAGAGGAAGGAAACAUGCUUGGAAAUAAAUUUCAGAGAAGAAGUAUUCUCCUGAAGACCCUAUAUAAACUAGUUGAUGUUGGUUCAGACUUGCUCAGCCUUAAACUUGCAAAAAUUAUUCUAGCACUUAAAGUGAGUAGAAAGAAUCUUCUUAAUGUCUGCAAACUUAUAUUUAAAAUUAGCCGGAGUGAGAAGAACGAUUCUUUGAUUCAAAAUGAUAGCAUUCUGGAAUCAUUAUUGGAAGUACUGAGAAGUGAAGACCUGCACACUAACACUGAAGCUUUUUUGUACUGUAUGGGAACUAUAAAAUUCCUUUCUGGAAAUCCAGAAUUUCGUAAUGAAAUAAUCAACAAAGGUGCUGUGGAUAUACUGAUGGAUUUGAUAAAGCAAAUAAGUGAGAACACCAAGAAAUGUGGUACAUGUUCACCUAAUUUGGGCCACUUGUUAGUUCAGGUGACUGCUACAUUGAGAAACUUGGUUGAUUCACCAUUGGCAAGAAGUAAGCUGCUGAGUGUCAGUGCCAUUCCCCAGCUCUGCACGGUGAUGGAACAAUACAUGGGUGACAAGGACGUCUGUACCAAUAUUGUCAGAAUAUUCAGCAAACUUACUUCUUACCGUGACUGCUGUGCAGCCUUGGCCAACUACUCCAGAUGUUAUGCCUUGUUUCUGAAUCUGAUAAACAAAUACCAGAAGAAGCAGGAUUUAGUCAUUCGUAUUGUUUUUAUUCUUGGCAACCUGACAGCGAAAAAUAACCAGGCUCGGGAACAAUUUUCCAGAGAGAAAGGGAGCAUCCAAACUCUGCUGUCCUUGUUCCACACGUUCCACCUAGUCGAUCUGCAUUCCCGGAAGCAAGCCUGCGAGGGAGCGGCGCUGCCCCAGGCGCACAGGCCCCCGUCGGAGGCCGAGGACGUGCUCAUCAAGCUGACCCGCCUGCUGGCCAACAUGGCCAUUCACCCGGCCGUCGGCCAGGCCUUGGCUGCCAGCCGGCCAGCAGUGGGCCUGCUCCUGACCACGCUGGAAUGCAAGUCACUCGAUGAUUGUGAGGAGCUGGUGAUCAACACUACAGCCACGAUCAACAAUUUAUCUUACUACCAAGUGAAGAAUUCUGUAAUUCGAGACAAAAAGCUGUAUAUUGCUGAAUUGCUCUUAAAGCUGCUAGUGAGUAACAACAUGGAUGGAGUCCUGGAGGCCGUGCGCGUCUUUGGAAAUCUCUCCCAGGACCGUGACAUCUGUGAUUUCAUUGUGCAGAACAAUGUACACAAGUUCAUGAUUGCGUUGCUGGAUGCUAAGCAUCAGGAUGUUUGCUUUUCUGCCUGUGGUGUUCUCCUAAAUCUCACUGUGGAUAAAGACAAGCGCGUCAUCCUAAAAGAAGGAGGUGGCAUUAAAAAGUUAGUGGAUUGUUUAAGAGAUUUUGGCCCUACUGAUUGGCAGCUGGCCUGCUUGGUUUGCAAAACUUUAUGGAACUUCAGUGAAAAUAUCACUAAUGCUUCAUCGUGUUUUGGAGCUGAAGACACCAACACGCUCUUAGUCCUGUUGUCAUCAUUUUUAGAUGAAGAACUAGCACUGGAUGGCAGCUUUGAUCAAGACCUAAAAAACUAUCACAGAUUCCAUUGGGAAACAGAAUUCAAACCUGUGGCACAGCAGCUUCUAAAGCGAAUUCAGAGACAUCACACCUUCCUGGAACCCCUGCCUAUUCCUUCUUUCUAACGUGAUGCAGAUCAACAAGAGAAACAGGCAGUCAGGUCUCCUUCAUUCUUAAGAAGUGGUAACAAACUUGAACAUUUUUUUUUAUAUUAACAAAUAUUUAAAGUUUUUCAAGUACUGGUUUUAGCGAGUAGCCUAAGUCUUUUAAGAGGAAUAAGCAUUUCUUCUUGCUAGGUAUUAUGGAAAAAUGAAUAUAUUAAUACAUGUUAUAUUUUCUGCUAUGAGAAAUGUAAGAUGAGAAGAUACACAUUUUUUAAGUAAACAGCUUUUCUUUUAUUCACUAUUAAAUAACUUAGUUCUAGUCUUAAAA